AUGCAGCUGCGCGGUGCCCGUCUCCAGGCCUCUUCGGCGCGCGGCAUGCGCGCCGUGGCCCCAGUCCGGCCUGUGCGUGCUGGCCGCAGGUCCGUGGUGGUGCAGGCAAACCUUUUUUCUCGGAUUACUCGCGUAGUGAAGAGCUAUGCGGAGCAGAUCGUUUCAUCUGCUGAGGAUCCUGAGAAGGUUCUGGACCAGGUGGUGAAUGAGAUGCAGGAGGACCUCAUCAAGAUGAGGCAGGCGGCGGCGCAGGUGAUGGCGUCUCAGAAGCAGAUGGAGGCCAAGUACAAGCAGGCUCAGGCCACCGCAGAUGACUGGCUGAAGCGGGCAGAGCUGGCGGUUGCUAAGGGCGAGGACGAGCUGGCUAGGGAGGCGCUCAAGAGGCGGAAGGCCUUCCAGGACAACGCUGAGGGCAUGCGCAUCCAGCUGGAGGCGCAGCAGAAGGCUACGGACCAGCUGAUUGCCAACACCAAGGUCCUGGAGGGCAAGCUCGCCGAGGCCAAGAGCAAGAAGGACACGCUCAAGGCGCGCGCGGCCAGCGCCAAGACCAGCAAGCAGGUGCAGGAGAUGAUGGGGUCGCUCAACACCAGCAACGCCGUGGUGGCGUUUGACAAGAUGGAGGAGAAGGUCAUUGCCAUGGAGGCGCAGAGCGAGGCGGUGGGCAUGCUGGUGGCGGGCGACGGCCUGGAGUCCAAGUUUGCCGCGUUGGAGGGUGGCAACGUUGAUGAUGAGCUCGCAGCGCUCAAGCGGGGUGUGCUGGCGGGCAGCAAGCAGCCUGUGGCGGCGCUGCCGGAGGGCAAGCCCAUCAGGGACGCGAUCGACCUUGAGCUCGAGGAGCUGCGCAAGAAGGCCAAGGAGUGA